UUUUUUCCUUCUUUUUUUUACAAAUAUUGGACACAUGUUGCUAAAGAUCCAAUAAUCACAAUAUGCCCAGUAAAUGUUCCAAACUGGCCUAUCUUGUUUUAUUUAAUGCUUAAUUUGUUUGCUUUUUACAUUUACAGACAUUUGUGAAAUGGCUGCUCCAGUAAAGCUCAGAGUCAUUCUAGGAGAAAAUAAUGCCCAGCGAUUGAUCCUUCCCAGUGGGAUUCCAGAGUCUCUUGGUGAACUUGAACAGCAAAUAAGGAGACAGUGUGGAGUGGAAGAAGACUUUAGACUUCAGUUUAUGGAUGUCGACUUUGGAAAUGAAUUCACCAACUUGGUCUCAUUGACCGAAAUCCAGGAUAAAAGUACAAUAAAACUAAUUUUUAAUUCAACUGAACCAACCCCGGCUGGUGGAUUGGCAUCCUCUCCAAACUCACCUGCUGCAAUCUUGAUGCAUCAAGAUCAGCCAUCAUCUAAUUCGUCUGGUACUUCCUUUGAUACAGACAUCCUGUCUUCUCCAGAAUCAACUUCCGUAAGAUCUUCUGGAUGGCCACUUUUUUUCCAUGUGCCCCAAUUCUCUUAUGAUACGGAACUACAGCUGAGCAGGGCGAACAAUGCUUUCAAAGAAAGUGGAACUUUGUUGAACCCAGAUCCAAAGCUUAAAUCUUCUAUUCUUGAUGGCUUGACUCAAGAAAUGGUCAAAUACAAAGUAUACCUUUCAGAUCGUGAGUUUGAAGAUGUGGCAGAAGCUCUCGUUUUGGCACACCCCUGUUUGAAAGAACCUGGUUCCAUCACUGGGUACGGCGGAUGGAAAAUGAGCUUAAAGUACAAACUGGCAAACUAUCGUAUGAAGCUGAGGCGGCUUGGUUGCCCAGAAGUUACAGUGAAUGCCCUUUUAAGUAAAAGAGAUGGUAGACUCAGUGCAGCUCAUGCUGUGAAGAAGCCAAAAAAAGCAGAGGUGAAUUACUGCCCCUCUUAUCCACCAGGGGAGACUGCUGAGAAACAAGAAAAUAUAAGAGUGGCACUCCUCUCUGAGGUAAUGAAAAGAAACAAUGACGUCAAUGUGUCAUCAAUGAUGGAGAAGUCCUUUGCACAUAGAAGGCAGGAGGUAGUCGUAGAGGCACCCAUGAUUGCCGAUUUCAAAACAAGGUGGCCAGCACUCUUCAGUGUGCGUCAGUUGAAUGCAGAGUUCCAGAGAAUCACAACAGUUCAGCUGCAGUCAAAGUUCUUCAGGGAAUUGGAUGCUCUUUCUCCUCGUCUCUUGAAGGUGUAUGCCAAGAAAGGUGGUUUACAGGGACAGAAGCUGAGAAGAGUCUUGGUACCCAUGACCCAGACUGACGACACAGAUGUAAGACGUGAAUGCAUCCUCAAGGGGCUCUGUGUUUACAUGAACGAAGACCCAGAGAGGCUGGUGAGAGAAUACAAGAGUGAUGAAAACACAGAAGAGGCUCUGGCAGAUACAGUCUUGGGGAUUUUUGCCAUCCGACACACUGGUGCAGACCCAAGUGAUGACCUUGAGAAUGUCGGGAUCAUUUUGGAAGGAGUGGAAGUCCUGAAUGACCUAAAAUCUGUAAGCCUUGCAGUAUCAAUGCUGUUUGGUCUUGUGUAUGCCCUAAAUCUGAGCUACCCACCAGAUUUGAAAUACACUUUUGAGGUUCUGCAGAAGAUUAUCAUGGGUUUGGAUGGCAACAAGUUAUCAAACAAAGUACAAGUACUCAAAACAGCACUAUCCCGUUAAGUGGCAGAAGGAAGUGUCUUGAUGUGCGCUGAAAAAAAAAUUGAAUUUGUGAACCUGUUUCUAUAAGUGCACUUUACAUGUUUGUAUUUUUGGAAGUUCAGAAGCGCACUUUGUAAAGUUCAUAAACAUUUUUACCGUUGUUCAGAUGUACACAUGUACAAAUAACAGAACCUUACUUCACUCUUCUGAUGCUUCACUCUUGUAAAUACAGGAUUUUUUUUAUUUUAUUAUAUUACCAUUUACAUUUAGAAAUUUUUAGCACCAGAUAUGUUGGGCAGAUGUUAAAGUGUUCCCUCGUGGAACUAUUUAUUUUUUGGAGUUACACUAUAAGUUUUGAGUUUUACAAACACAGUAAAUGCUAUAACUGUAAAACUAUAUUUUUGUUUUGCACAUUUUCAUAUUUAUUUUCUCACGUCCAUAUAAGUGUUUUGAGAUUUUAAGACAUGAUUUGAUUUUGUUUAUUAUAAUUUAGAUGCUCUUUCAGUCUUUUUGACUU